AAUAGUCAAAACAAUGAGUACGGCAUGGAUCGUAAACUGUAUUCUAAAAUGAAUUUAAUGAUUUAUGCUAGUUUUUCUGUGUGUUAAUGAACUUCAAUCUUCGCGAUAUAACUGUUGUGACCUCAGGGAAACAUUUUGUUGAUGCCUAUCCAUUCGCCGCGUCCUAUGACUUGACUGGCAGCGGUGCGCUUUCAGACGGGUCCAUAGAGGCAUCUGAAUGCAUUGUUUAAAAAUCGUCGAAUAAAGAUUCUCAAUAUGAAGCUGUACUGCCUCAGCAAUGACCCGGCAAAGCCCUGCUUCGUGCUGUCGUUCAAGGAGCUUAUGAUAAUGUUGGACUGUGGGCUGUCGGCUCAGUCGGUGCUCAAUUUCUUGCCGCUGCCGCCCGUACCGAGCACUCGUCUAGCCUCGCUGCCCAACUAUACGCCGCCGCACAUCAACGACCCUCUGCUCGAAGGGGAGCUGAAGGAAUGUUGCGGGCGGGUGUUCGUGGACAGCGUGCCCGAGUUCUGCCCGCCGCUCGACAAGGUGGUGGACUUCUCGCAGCUGGACGUGAUCCUCAUCUCCAACUACACGUGCAUGCUGGCGCUGCCCUUCGUGACGGAGGACACGGGCUUCAAGGGGCAGGUGUACGCCACGGAGCCCACGCUGCAGAUCGGGCGCUUCUACCUGGAGGAGCUGGCCGAGUGGCUGGGGCAGCGCGGCGCGGCGGGCGCGCGCCGCUGGAAGGAGCUGCUGCACGUGCUGCCGCCGCCGCUGGCGCUGGCCCGCCCGCGCGCCUGGCGCCGCCUGUUCUCGCGCGCCGCGCUGGAGCGUGCGCUGGCGCGCGUGCGCGUGGUGCGCUACGACGAGCGCGUGGACGUGUACGGCGCGCUGCACGCCACGCCCGUGAGCUCCGGCUUCUGCCUGGGCUCGGCCAACUGGGUGCUGCGCUCGGCGCACGAGAAGGUGGCCUACGUGAGCGGCUCCAGCACGCUCACCACGCACCCGCGCCCCAUCAACCAGGCGGCGCUGCGCGGCGCGGACCUGCUGCUGCUGGCCGCGCUCACGCAGACGCCGGCGCACAACCCCGACCACAUGCUGGGCGACCUGUGCGUGCACGCCAGCCUCACGCUGCGCGGCGGCGGCGCCGUGCUGUGCCCCGUGUACCCCAGCGGCGUGCUGUACGACCUGCUGGAGUGCCUCAGCGCGCACCUGGAGGGCGCCGGCCUGGCGCACGUGCCGCUGUACGUGCUGUCGCCCGUGGCCGACGCCAGCCUGGCCUACAGCAACAUCCUGGCCGAGUGGGUGUCGGCCGGCAAGCAGGCGCGCGUGUACCUGCCCGAGGAGCCCUUCCCGCACGCGGCGCUCGCGCGCGCCGGCCGCCUGCGCCACGCGCGCGCGCUGGCCGACGACGCGCUGGCCGACUUCCGCGUGCCGUGCGUGGUGUUCGCGGGCCACCCCAGCCUGCGCUUCGGCGCCGCCGUGCACCUGCUCGAGCUGUGGGCGCCGUGCGCCAGCCACGCCGUCAUCUUCACGGAGCCCGACUUCCCGCACGCGGACGCGCUGGCGCCCUUCCAGCCGAUGGCCAUGAAGGCCUUCCACUGCCCCAUCGACACGUCGCUCAACUACGCGCAGGCCGGCAAGCUGGUGCGCGAGCUGCGGCCGCGCGAGCUGGCGCUGCCCGAGCAGUACCGGCCCGCGCUGGCGCCCGACGUGCCCACGCUGCUGCUGCGGCGCGGCGCCGCGCGCGUGCCCGCCGUGCGCCGCCGCGUGGCGCGCGCCGAGCUGUGCGGCGAGCUGGCCGCGCGCGCCGCGCCGCGCGAGCUGCGCGCCGGCCUGCGCGCCGCGCCGCUGGCCGCGCAGCUCUGCGUGCGCGACGCGCGCCUGUGCCUGCGCCCGCCCGGCGGCCCGCCAGGCGACCAGCCCGGCGGCCCCCCCGGCGGCCCCCCCGGCGGCCAGCCCGCGCUGCACUGGAGCGCGCUGGACGUGGACGCGCUGCUGGCGGCGCUGGCGCGCGAGGGCGUGGGCGACGCGCGCGUGGAGGCGGGCGCCGACGGCUGCAUCGUGCACCUGCCGCGCCACGACACGCUGGUGCACGUGGAGCGCCACGCCACGCACGUGUUCUGCGAGGGCCGCGCCGACGUGCGCCAGGCGCUGCGCCGCGCGCUGGCCGCCUGCCUGCCGCACAUCUAGCGCCCGGCGACCCACGAUCGAAUUCAAUAAUAAUAAUGACCACUUGAACUUUCGAGGCCUUUGAUUGUGUUCAACGUAACAUGCUAAUCUGAAUAUUUAGACCACCACUAUCAAAAACAGGUCCAGAAUUAAUGAUUUUCUAUCUCCAUGAGUCUACUCAUGUAACCUAAGAGUUCAAAAAGUUGACGUGAACGGAAAGCGGUCCAGCGGAUAUUUUGUGAACACAGGUGCCCCUCGGGGAUAUAUGGACCUUUUCUGUUCCUACUUUUACAUAAUUCGACGGCCGAUGGGCGCAGUGAGCGACGACCCCGCCCUGUGAGUCCAAGGCCGUAGGUCGAGAGGCGCGGAUGCUGCUCUACACGACCCCUUCCUUAUUCGCAUCUUAUAGCGUUCAAUCGUUUGAUGCCCGAUUUCGUCAAAGACGAACAAGACAAUAAGUAACGGCUAAUAUAUAAAGAGAUUCCUAGGCAUAAUAGUUAUCACCUAAGAGUUGGUUAAACGUUUUUUAUCUAUGUAAAGACAUCGCUUAAAUCAAUAGGCAUUUGUUUUAGGCGAUGGCUAGAUUUUAAUGAAAACGAGCAUUAGUAUCUCUUAUAACAGCAACAACACACAUUUCAAUUAAACGAAAACAUUUAACUAUUUGAA